AUGGAUAUGGAUAUGGAUGUUCCUAUGCAUGAUGCGGUUGAUCAAUUGACGCCGACUGAAGGUAAUGCGGAGGCUGCCAAUGACAGCAUAGGUGAUGAGGUUGACGAGGCCUUCAAGGAUGCGCAUCCUUCGCAAGGUGCUGUGUUGGACUCUGGCAAAGGUGGUAACAAAGGGUUUGAGCUGAACUCCAGCAACAUCAAUCAGCUGGACCAGUGGAUAGAACACCUGGGCAAGUGUGAAAUACUAUCGGAGGACGAUGUUUCCAAGCUUUGUAAGAUGGCUGUGGAGGUCCUGCAGUUCGAAGAGAACGUUCAACCUAUCAACGUUCCAGUUACCAUAUGUGGUGACGUGCAUGGGCAGUUCCACGAUUUGAUAGAACUAUUCAAGAUCGGUGGUCCUUGUCCGGACACAAACUACUUAUUUAUGGGUGAUUACGUAGAUAGAGGUUACUACUCUGUGGAAACCGUGUCAUAUCUAGUUGCUAUGAAGGUAAGGUAUCCACAUAGAAUUACGAUUCUAAGAGGUAAUCACGAAUCAAGACAAAUUACACAGGUGUACGGGUUUUACGAUGAAUGUCUCAGGAAGUACGGUAGUGCAAACGUCUGGAAGAUGUUCACAGACCUGUUCGACUACUUCCCAAUAACAGCGCUAGUCGACAAUAAGAUCUUCUGUCUUCACGGUGGUUUGUCUCCAAUGAUAGAAACUGUCGACCAAGUAAGAGAAUUGAACAGAAUACAAGAAGUUCCACACGAGGGUCCCAUGUGUGAUCUGCUGUGGUCAGACCCAGAUGAUAGAGGCGGGUGGGGUAUCAGUCCUAGAGGUGCUGGUUUCACCUUUGGCCAGGACAUUAGUGAACAAUUCAACCAUACAAAUGAUCUAUCUUUAGUUGCAAGAGCACACCAGCUGGUCAUGGAAGGUUACGCCUGGUCCCAUCAACAAAACGUCGUUACCAUAUUCAGUGCACCAAACUACUGUUAUAGAUGUGGUAACCAAGCCGCAAUAAUGGAGGUCGACGAAAAUCAUAAUAGACAAUUUUUGCAGUACGAUCCAUCUGUCAGACCAGGUGAGCCUACAGUUAGUAGAAAGACCCCAGAUUACUUCUUAUGA